UUAUUGUCUAUGGAUUACAUAUCCAAAUUUUCGAUUUUUGAGGUUACACUAUAUUUUCGAAUAAUUUCGAACUACCUAAUGAGUCUUGUUUGCAUUAAUUAAUAUUACUUGUUAUUAUCUCUAAAAUUUGUUUCCGUAAUGGGAGACUCCGCAUAUAAACCGAAAAUCAGUGGUACUCAACAAGAUCCAGUGCUCAAGCAGGCCGAAAUAGCUUAUAUGAAAUUAAUCGAAGAGAGAAAUCGCGAACGCGUUCAAAAAUUACAAGUGAUUUCGAAACGCAAUCGACUGACUGGCUUCACGAUAGGAGCCGGAGUGUUGGGUGUUUACUUGUAUUCUAUCUUCGCCAUCAAACAGGAGACGUUCCUUGACGAUUUCGACGAGCCCCCGAAAAUACAGCAGUAAUCAUGGCCGUCGCUAAAACUGCAUUACAG